AUGGUCUCAGGCCGGACGUCCCAGGACGACGCGGUGCAGGCCCGUGGGGGCGUCGCGCCGGGGAAGAAACAUUCACCGCGUUUCUGGAACGUGGUUUUUCCCAACGGAGCACCAGGCCCUGCUGCGUUCGUGUCUUGGAUUGUUGCAGCAACUCAUGAGCCCAACCCAGCUCUGUCAGGACAGAGGGACAAGCAGACAAGGGAAGGACACAGAACCGUCCGAGGCGGCACCGGCGACUCCUGCGGAGGGGUGACUCCGGCUGUCCCGGCGCCAGCGCGACCCCGCUGUGCCCCCCGCGCACCCCCCAGCGACCCCGCGGUGAGCGAGGCCCUCCUGGACGCGCAGCCGGUGAGGGCUCCGCACCCGCUCGUCCCCGCAGGGGACCCGGCACCCCCGAGGUCAGGUCACCGCGCAGGCCCCGCAAGUCCGCGGUCCUCCGGGAGCUCCCGUGGGAUCCGGAAGGCGUCGGAGGUGACCCGGGCCUGCGAGCGGCCGGGACGGAGACGGGGCGCCGCGCCCCGAGGUGUCGCACUUGGGAAGACGUGUCCUCGCGCUCGGGGCCUGCAGGAACCGUGGGGGAUCUUGUUUGCGUCAGGGGGACACAGCGGGUGCGUCCGAGUCACGCAGUUACAGGCCCUCGUCAGGCGUUCGUCGGUGGCACCGCUGCUCCGGCGUGUCCGGCUGCGCCGCCGCGGGGAAGCAAAGGGAAAAAACUAAAUAUAUGGAGACAGAGACACAGACGUACAGAAGUUCCCGGAGACCGCAGAGCCUCGCGGGACCGGUGUGAAGCCUGUAGAGGCCGCGCUGCCCAGGACGGCGGCCACCGCGCGUGGGGCCCGGGGACCCGCGCGUGGCCAGCUCCGAGCGCAGGGCCUGCUCGGUCUCAAAGAUGCAGCCCGGAACAGAAACCAGCUCCACGGUGUGCAUAUAGGCCUAGAUAAGCCGCAGUACUGAAAGUCAUCUCACCGGUUGCUUUUUACCUUUUUAAACACGGUCACCAGGACAUGGUGGGUUCCCGGGUCGUUCCCGUGCUCCGCAGCUGUCGCUCUGCACCGCUCAGAUCCUGCUCACCUGUAGGUAGUGACCGUGUGUUAAGUAAUAAACACAAACAAUGAAAUGGCAGAUGUCAAAUCGGCUCCACCUCAGUUCGGACCAAAUUUCCAAUGACCCUUCACCGCUGUCCAGCUCCCUGAAGGGAUGGAGGAGCAAGUCCCGAUGGCAGUGCGAGGGCCACGGAGCCGGCGGGUGCGCGGCUGCAGAACAAAGCUGGAAAACGCGUUGCCGAAGCGGACACCGAUCACCUGAGCCUGGGGAGUGGCGAGAUGCACCCAGAAGCAUCUGGUGGGAGACCCGCUCUUGAACCGCAGUCCCGCCUGUGAUCCAGGCAUGGAAGAGGAACAGAAGAAUCUCCAAAUUGUGUCUUGUGGUUUUGCAGUGCUUGCAAGAGACGGAGAAGGAGAAAAGGCACAUGUCUGGGUAGGAAGAGUUUGCAAAAUACACAAGCAGCCCUGGAGACGGCUGGAACACCUUGUUGCAAGACCAAGAAAACGUGGGAACCAAUCCCAGCAGACAACGCUGGAACAAGAGCUACUUGGGCAAGCUGGUAACAUAAAAGGGCCAAACAAACAUUCCUAAAAUGUAACCCUUGCUACUCUCGGAGAAAAGGAAUGUAGAGCAGGUCAGAGGCAAAGUAAAAACAAAUGGCCCAUGAAGAAAGCAGUUAAAGAGAACUGCACAAGAAACUCCAAAGCGGAGAUGCAAACCCUGUAGGUACAACAGCUAGAAGAGGUGAAGGUCACUCGGG